UAUAGUUUUAUUCAUAGUUUGAUUUCAGGUGUUGAUAUUAUGUGCAAUGUAUGUGAACGUCUUGUCACGUUGCAUGUUAAGAAGCGAAGAAUUAGCGAAGGCAUUUCUCCGGAAGCUAGGCUAACCGGCAUUAUUAUUAGCGCUCAACUUGAUCUGUUUUGCAUAUCUCGGGCCUGCGCAUAUGCCUGCAACGUUUGGAGUAAUACUGGUUCAGUGGAGUGAGGACCGCGCCUGUAUGUUGCUGCAGUGCAGAUCGAGGAUGCUGCGCCGCAAGCCGACCCGUCUGGAACUGAAGCUGGAUGACAUUGAGGAGUUUGACAGUGUGAAGAAGGAGCUGGAGAGCCGGAAGAAACAGAGGGACGAGGUGGAUGUGGUGGGAGUGGCAACAUCUGGGGAAAUGGGAGGGGCGACGGGCGGCAGCAACGAGGGAAAGACCCGGGAGCAAAUGAUCAACGAGCGCAUUGGCUACAAGCCCCACCCCAAACCCAACACCUUGCCUUCCCUCUUCGGAAACCUGCAGUUUUAGGGCAGCCCCAGACGUCCUUCUGAAAGGACGGAUCGCCUGGACCGAACCCUCGCUUGAAAGGGCAGGAGGGGUUCUUCCAGCGCCGGUAUCAAGUUUGCACAUUGACUUUAUUUUUACUUUUUUAAUGCUUCCUCGGCUUCGUCCGAGGGCCUCAGGGGUUAUCCACAGUUCUGAGACAGUCUUGGUGUUACAAACCCCAGCAGAACACAUGGAAGAUGCUCCCACACUUUUGGUUGUUUGCUAACAUUUUCUUGUUUUCAUGUGAACCAGCAGCAUUGCUUACAACUGAAACUGAAAAAGUGAAUGUCUGAGUAAAAAAAUUCUUUUCCUUUUUAAAUAUACAAAUAAAAACCAAUGUUUACCUCUG